AUGGGCAGCAAAAGGAAGCGCGGAGCCAAGGAAGGCGCAAAUGGCGUACAGAAAACCCCCAAGCGCACAAAGAGCGACAGCGACUCCGUCAGACCUAACUCGAAGCCGACAUUCGAUAAAGCACCCUUCGUCGAGGCGCCAGUUGGCGACGAACGGAAACGAGAGGCUGGCCUUUAUGAGUUACUAGGGAGUGAGGAUCCCACCGAACGAAUCGAGGCCGCCGACUGUAUUGUCCCUAGCUUGCUUGCAGAGGAUGUUUCCGAGGCUGUGCUGCAACGACACUUGGACCGUCGCCUCUUUCGCGGACUCGCAAGUGGUCGCAAUGCCUCGCGCCUUGGUUUCAGCCUGGUACUCACAGAAAUCCUCGGACAGCUCUUCGGAGAGAAGAAUCUUGCCGAAUCGAGAUACCAGGGACUCACCUUUGAGAAGGUUCUUGAAAUACUGAUUGAGAACACACAAGCCAUCGGCAACAUCCCUGGGCAGGAGGAGAGGGACUUCGUUUUCGGGCGGUUGUUCGGAAUUUUCGCUUUCGUUAGAUCUGGGAUCUUGUUCAGCAGCGAUAUCUCCCGAUGGAACGCGGUUCUUAACCUAAUUCUGGAUCUUUCUAUCAGGAAGGUGUGGCUUCGACCACAAUGUGGUUGGGUUAUUGUACAGUCCAUCGAGCAGCUGAACAAGAAGCAAGCUGAGGUUACACUGAAGAAGGUCGCCGAGGCCAAUUUGGCCAAGACACCCGAAGGAGUAGCAAUCUGGAUCGCUGCGCAGACUCGAUUCCCUGGUCUCAGCAUCAAGCCUUGGCCGGUGCCUCUCCACAAGAACACUUUUGGUGAUCUCGCUGCAAUUCUGCGAGAAAGUUUCAAGGAUGCUCUCGCUGAUCAGUCAGAGCCUGGUCAGCAGAUUAAUUUUCCGGGCUGGUCUCCUCAACUGCACUACGUGUGGAGUAUCCUCUUGGAACACUUUGUCGAGAAAGGAGAAGCUGGACUUGAAGAUUUCAAGCAGUUCUGGAUUCGUGUAGUAGAUGACUCUCUUUUUUCUAAACGUGCCACGGAAGGCCAGAAAUUCAGGGGAUUCCUGGUGUUUCGAAAGAUGCUCGAGGGCCUGUUUGACUUUCCUGCUCAUGUCGAGGCUCUCUUCAGCAAGAAUCUCACCCUUUGCCUCAUGAACCAAGCUUCAAAAGAGGAUAGAUAUCUCCACCGAGCAGCGACCAAGGCCCUCAAAGCAAUUGAGUCAACGACCUCAGCGCACCCGUCGACAAUCAUACCCAUUCUCAAGGGUCUACUAGGCGAGAACGGAGCCUAUAACUUUGACCAAAGAACAAAUACCAAAACUGUCGACCAAAUUUUGCAGAACGUAUCAGGAGAGACUGGCGAAGAGAUAUUGAAGAUCAUCCGAUCCCCCCUUGGCACGAUUGCUAAACAAGACACAAAGAAGGCUUCAUCCACACUCCGAGUUUACGUUGACUAUCUUUCAAAAAUUCUCAAUGCUUCAGCCUCGCCUACAUCGGGAGAGUUCCAAGAGACUGUCUUCUCAGCUGCCCUCCAAGAACUCUCUCAGCUGGCAUACUCUCAACCCAAGAACAUACCGGCAGAUACACUCACAGAAGGUGUUCGCGAGCUCUGCCGAACUCGUCUUGAGUCGUCAUUCGCUAAGGUCAGCCGAAGAACAGAGGAUUACGGCUCACUAUGUCUUGCUGUGUCAUCCAUUGACCCCGACUCGGUGGCAAUGACCGAAGAGAUCAAGACAGCUGUCCAGGAGGCGUUGUUGAGGAUGCAAAAGCUACUCAGGCGCAAGGCGGUAGACGAAAGCGAGAAGAGUCUUUUUCAGAGUAUCGCGAUGUUACACGCCGUGUCUAUCUUCCGACUCUACAACGAGGACCCCGAUGCUAUGGAGGUUCUCAACGACCUUGCCCAAUGUUCCGACCGCCUUAAAAAGGGCAAGUCCGCAGAGACCGAGGCUGGCACAUCAGAGAUUAUCCUUGAGAUCUUAUUGUCAAUGGUUGUGCGACCUUCAUCUCUCAUGAGACAAGUUACGCAGCAAGUGUUUGGUGCCUUCACACCACAGAUCUCAGCUGCAGGUCUAGAGCUCUUGACCGGUCCCCUCACAUCUGGAGAGAAUACGAAAGGCCAAAAGGAAUUGUUCAGCACCGGGGAAGAUGAGAUGGAGGUCGAUGAAGACGAGGACGAGGACGAAGAAGGAAAAGAUGCUGAUGAGGAGGAUAAUUCGGAUAUCGAAAUCGAUUCUGAUGUCGAGUUUAUUGAUAUCAAGGAGGCGAACGAAGAAAGUGGGGAAGAAGAAGAUGCUGAGGACGAAGAUGGAGAUAAAAGCAAAGGCGAAUUCGACAGGCCUGAAGAUCUGGACAAUGAACUCGAGAAGAUCCUCAAGAGCCACCGUCUGGACAAGGACGUCAAUGCCGAAUCAUCAGAGUCCGAGGGUGAUAUGUCUGACUCUGAAAUGUUCGCCAUCGACAAGCAGCUCGCAGCAGCCAUCAAGCCACGCAUCCAAGACCGCUCGAAUGACUCCAAAAAGCAGAAGAAGGAGGCCAAGCAGUCAGUCCUCAAUUUCAAGAACCGGAUUCUUGAUUUUCUCGACAUCUACAUUCGCAAUGAGUCUCGCAACCCUCUCUCAUUUACUCUUCUCUUACCCCUCCUCGAUCUUAUGCGCACAACCAGCACAAAACCCCUUGCUGCCCGUGCGAGCAAAAUCAUUUCUAACUACCAAAAGGGCCUGAAGAAGGCCCGCAGUAACCGCCAAGAGGUCCAGAUCCUUGAACCUGAUGACAUGCUAGACUUAUUGCGCGAGAUUCAUAAGGCUGCUGGGCAGGAUGACUCGCAUGCUUACGCAAAAGCGGCCAGUACGGCGAGUCUCAUCCUUGUGUCGGCCCUCGUCGCUGCGGACAAGAGCAAGACAAAGGAUGUUCUUGCCGUGUAUAGCAAGACACAAGAGAGCUGCCUUUCUGGCGAGGCGAAGUUGCAGUCGUCCUUCUUUGAUGACUGGCAAAACUGGUACCGAAAUGCAAUACAGCAAGUUCGGAACUGA